UGUGUUUUUUAAUUGUGUACAAAGUUUGUGAGAGCAAAAAAUAUACAAAAAAAAAUAUUCAAACCUUUUGUAAUCCGAUAAAAUCCUCAUGCCUAAAACUCCAACAACCGCUAAACAUGGACAAUUGCGAGAUUUUACAACAGGAUAUUCAGUCAUUGCUAGAAUACUUUUCCAAAGUUUUGUACAAAGCAAAAGACUGUGAAAAUGGAAGUAUGGGUCACGAAGUAAUGCAAAAAUGUGCUGUGCUGACGAAAUUAGAUUAUUCCGUAAUUGAGAUAAGUAACACAACUGGCGAAUUAUCAAGUCAUUACCCGUCCCAAAUAUUAGUACCGGAGUACGAGAACACCAGUUGUUGCAAUAAUAUCAAUAAAAGUGAUCCAGAUAACGGCGUCGAUGACAAUGGCGUCGACGGGAACGGGAGCACAGAUGACGGGAUCGAGAGUAAUGGGAGCAGUACGCCACACAGUACGCCCCUCACGAUAUGCGAUAGUGCGGCAAAUGAUCCGGCACGUCUUCGUGAUUUAAUCAAUAAAGCGCGUUUUGCGCGAUGUCGUGCGCGAUUUCCGCUACCCGUGAUCCUCUUUAAGGGCAAAUACAUUUGCCGAUCUGCAACACUUUCAGGUGGACCCGAAAUUUACGGUCGCUCAGGAUUAGAUUACUUUUUUUACGGCGUAGAUACGACACUUGCUACCACACCGACAACGACGUCGACAAAUACAGCUGCCAGCAGCACUGCCCGCAACCAUCAGAAAGACCUCACGAAUAACGGCGACGAUGCAGGCGACGCCUACGAGGCGGAAGAAGACUCCACGAUGCUGGAUUCUGUGACUGCGAGCACGAUUCACACGCCGUCAUGCACUCCAGUACAAACGCCCAUCCAGAGUGUCGUCGUUGGUUCGACAGACAAAAACAGCGGCGAAUGGCAGUUGUUCGAUCGUGUGCGCAGUCAAGACAUCAAACUGCUGAAAAGUCUCAAUAUUGGCACAAUUGUCGAUUUUAUGGUAGAAAAGAAAAAAGUCAAGUUCGGCAUGAAUGUCACGUCAAGCGAAAAGGUCGACAAGGAGAAACGCUAUUCGGACUUUACGAUUAUUUCCCUGCCCUAUCCUGGCUGUGAAUUUUUCCGGGAAUUCCGCGAUAACAAUUACUCGGGCGAAGGUCUCGUUUUCGAUUGGGGACAGGCGUAUGUCGAUGCGAAUAUCGGAGUGCCCGACGACCUUUUUACGAAUGCCCUGAAUAUCGAUUGGGACAAUUACAAGGCGUGGGAUUUGGUCAAAAUUACACAGAAUUACUUAAAAUUACUGUUGAAGCAGUUGGAGGAGAAUAGUUCGGGAUUGUUGAUUCAUUGCAUCAGUGGAUGGGACCGAACUCCGUUGUUUGUGUCGCUUUUGAGGUUGUCGCUGUGGGCUGAUGGGCAGAUUCAUCAGAGUUUGAAUGCGAUACAGAUGCUGUAUCUGACAAUUGCCUACGAUUGGUUCCUGUUUGGACACAAUUUGCCGGAUCGCUUGUGCAAGGGCGAGGAAAUUUUCUUCUUUUGCUUUUACGUACUAAAACACAUAAUGGACGAUGAGUUUUCGACAGUGAAGAGAAGGCCAAAAAGUAAACACAGCAGCGGAAGUUCGAGUAUAGCUGUGAUCCGAACGGAUAGCGAGUGUGCGUUCGAUGGUAUUUUACUCGAAGGCGGAAGCAGAGGCUCCAGCAUAUCCCUGAAUUCGACAUGUAGUUGUGCUAGUGGCAAGUGCAGUCAUCAAGACAUCAAUACAAGUCAAAAUACGCUACCUGAGGAGAAUAUUAAUGGAAAUCUACUUGGGAAUAGCCAUGAUAGUAAUAGCAGUGUCGGCUGCAUUUCAAACGACUCAAAUUUAGGAUUUAAUCAUCAAGCGUGGUCUCCACAACCAAAGCGGACAAGUCCCGUAUCAGUUCCUGCAGUUGCCUCAAACUUUUUCCGACAACGACAAGAAUCGUCGUCCUCGUUGUCUGUCGGCAGUUGGCAAAUGAUUUCCAACACCGGAAGUCUCCGUAGUUCGGAUUCCGCGACGGCUCUUCAAUCAUUCGAACAGAGGUCGUCGGGCGGCGGGAGCGUCGAAAAUGGCGGAAGUGCAUCGACAACAACCACUCUCUCAUCAAAUCAUAGUUGUAGUAAUAACCAUAACACAAUUAUACAGAAUAACAUCUCCACGUACGGUCUCAACAAUCACAGCCUAAAUCUACUGAGCACGCAGACAAAUAGUGGCGUAAUUAAUUCCAUGACGACACCGAAUGCGAAUCAGUUCAUUUUGCAUCAGCAGCAGCAGCAACAACAACAGCAUCACGCGACGCAUCCGAGAACACGGACAUGCGACGAGGUCGACAUGAGUGCGACAAUGACCGAAAAUACAAUCUUAGAUGAUGAUUGCUUUACCUCAGACUAUACCAAUGAUUUACGACGAAAUCGUUUGACAGCCGUUCGAAGCCUCUUUUACAAUUGUUAUCGCUCAACAAUUGGCUUUAAGAUAAAAGGCGGACAAGAAAAUACCACGACGUUUGGCACGCUUUUGGGAAAUUUUGCCGAAAAAGUGGGCUUGGCGCAACGGACGUCUGUCUAGAACAGAACAAACAAUUUUUCGAACAAUUUUGUGCCUGUACUACUGCAGAAAUAAUAAAAAAAUGAAUUCAAACGUAGUUAGGAUCGAAAAAAUAAAAAUUGAAUUAGAAACUUUGACAAAAAAAAAAAAAAAAUUAAACGAAGAUGACGAUAUAUAUACAACAACACAAAAAAUCUUACACGCGCUAAAUCUAACAAAACUUCCAAAAAGCACGAACCUUGAAAGUCACAUAUACAAAGAAAAAAGAAUGUUGACACCAGAUUUCUGCUUUGACAAAUUUGUAAUAUUCUUUAUAAAUACAUAUAUAUAUUUUCUCUUCCUUUAUAUUUGUGAAUUAUUAUUGUUUUGUAAAUGUUUUUCUUGAAGAACUUCUUGUCACAGAAGAAAAAAUGAUUUAUGAAUUAAAAUGUAAGGAAAUAUUCUAUUAAAAAAAUUAUAAUUAUGUAUAAAGGAAACAAAAAUUAUGAAUUUCUAUGGAUAAAAGUGAUUUUUAUAUAUUUAAAAGUGGUCAUGAGAAUUGCGGAGAGUUGUUUAACGAAGGAGAGUCGUAGGUUUCAAUCUUUUAAAUGAGAUAUUAUGACCACUUGAGGUGCGGGAAAUGAUAAAAAAUUCAAAAAAAAUAAAAUUUUCAAAAAUAAUAGUUAAUUUUUUUUUUUUUAAUUUUAAAUUUAAUUUUAAUGUUCUUUAAUUUUUUUAAUUAUUUAAAUUUUCAAUUUUUUAAGUUUAAAAUUUAUUGUGAAAGAACUGAAACUUAACUUUUUUAAAAUAAUUUGAAAUUUUUUA